AUGAACGAUCCAAUUGCCGACGCAAAAGCCCAAGAGGCAACGCACAACUACGAAUUCCGCAUCGCAACACCCGACGACAUUCCCGCGCUCCAAGAAAUGAUAGGCGACUCGCUCCGCGCGCUGGGCAAAGGAUACUACACGCAAGCCGAGCUCGACGGCUCAAUAGGCUACCUCUUCGGCCCCGAUUCAGUGUUAAUCCACGAUCAAACAUACUACAUCCUGCACCCAGUCUCUUCGCCGACGACGCUGUGCGCGUGCGGCGGGUGGUCGUUCCGCAAGACACUGUACGGCGGGGACUCUGCGCCCUCUGUGCUGCGGAUGCCUGCUCAGCGCGACCCGACGACGGAGCGGGCGAGCAUCCGGGCCAUCUUCACUGCGCCGGGGUACGCGCGACGCGGCCUUGGUACGAUGAUGCUGCGGCACUGCGAGCGGGCGGCGGCGGCGGGCAAGCCCGGCGCAACGGCGGGCUUCUCGCGGCUGGAAAUGGGCGCCACGCUCAGCGGCGUCGCGCUGUAUGAGCGCUGCGGCUACGUCAGGAGUGGCCGCGAGGACGCCGUCACGUGUCCGAAUGGAGAGCGCAUUCGCAUCCUGCACAUGACCAAGGAUUUGGAGCCUGGGACUGAGCUUGCCCCGUGA